AUGCUGCAGAGCCCGGCGCGCCCCCGGCCCGGGCCGCCGCCCCACAAGACCCCGUUCCACAUCGAAGCGCUGCUGGCCCGGGAGCCGCCGCGCCGCGGCCCCGCCGGCCUGGAGUUGUCUCACUGUGUCGGGACCAACUCGCUGGGUCCCGCUGGGCCUUGGAGGUCUGGGGGGCCCUGCAAGAUGAAGAGAGUCCGCACGGUCUUCAAACCAGAGCAGCUGGAGCGGCUGGAGCAGGAGUUCCUCAAGCAGCAGUACAUGGUGGGCACGGAGAGGGUGGACCUGGCUGCGACUCUGCAUCUCACAGAGACCCAGGUGAAAGUCUGGUUCCAGAACCGGAGGAUCAAGUGGAGGAAGCAGAGCAUGGAGCAGAAGGCAGCAAAGCUGUCGCAGUUUGGGGUGAUCCAGCCUGCGAGCGCCGACUCCACGGACAGCAAGGACCACGAGGAGGACACCGUGGACGUGGAGCUUUGAACAGCCAAGGAGAUUCGGCUGGUUUUUGGUGCCUGGGGACAUGUCUGUGCUGCUUUGCUCCAAGUGAGACUGAUCUGAGAGCUGGAGCUACAGGACUAAACUACAGCUGGCUGGAAGGAACACCCUAAAUUUCUUCGGUUGCUGUUUGGUAGCCAAGUACUGUAAUUCCUGGGGCUUCAUCACUUGAUGGCAGGUGAUCCCUGUUUGCUCAUGAAGCACCAGGACACACAAACAGUUUCCAGCAGAGAGGCUGGGGUGACAAUCAGGGUGUCUC